AUUGGUGGGGGCGACAACUCUAAGCGAGUACAAACUCUACAUUGAAAAAGAUGCAGCGUUUUGCCGUCGCUUUCAGAAAAUUGUCGUUGAGGCGCCAUCAAAAGAAAGAACUCUAGGCAUUUUACAAAAAGUGAGGACGAAGUACGAGGAUCACCACAACAUGGAUAUCCCAGAUGAAGUGCUGGCUGCAGUUGUUGGUUUGUCUGAUCAAUAUAUAAAAAGAAGAUCCUUUCCAGAUAAGGCGCUAGAUUUACUAGAUGAAUCUUGCGCCAUGCGUAGAGUUAGGUUUAACAAUAGAGUGGCGGAGGUCGGCAAACAACUAGAAGAUCAUCGCGCACAUAGAGUUACUCUUUCCGAAGAAGAGCUGAAGGAGCUAGAGGAGGAGUAUAGAACCCUCACUGAGCCCACCGAUGAUCGGCCUGAUCCUGAUAGAAUUGAAUUGAAGGUGGAUGACGUCGCCCGCGUUUUGAGUGUGUGGACCGGAAUACCAAUGGGCAAGAUGACGGAAGACGAAAUGAGCAGAAUUCUAAAGCUAGCAGAUGUACUUGGAAAGCGCGUGAUUGGGCAAGAUGAAGCUGUGCAGUCGGUGGCCAACGCCAUACGAAACCACCGGGCCGGUCUCACCGAAGAGAAGAAGCCGAUAGGGGCCUUCUUGUUUUUAGGGUCUUCUGGUGUGGGUAAGACAGAGCUGGCGAAGGCACUAGCAGAGGAGGUAUUUCACUCGGAAAAGAAUUUGAUUAGGCUGGACAUGGUGGAGUACCAAGAGGCGCACAGCAUUUCUCGCCUCAUCGGCCCUCCUCCUGGGUACAUGGGCAACGACGAGGGCGGCCAGCUGACGGAAGCCGUUCGCCAGAAACCC